ACUCUUCCAUUUGGUAUAUUUUCAACAAUUUAACUUAUUGGCAUUACUCCGCUCUCUGUGGUUGCCAUUCAACGUUGAGAGCUGUGUGUGCACUGAUCAAGAAAGAAAAUUCACUCGCAGUGUGAAAAAAUAUAUUUUCAAUUUGUCUGUUCCCCCCUCCCCCUGUGGGUCUCAUUUUUGGGUUUUCAUGGUGUGUGCCAGUGACGGUCAGAGACAAUUUUUAAUAAUAGAGUCUUCAUAGCUCUGAGGCAUUAUACAUUCAAUAUUUCCUCCACUUUGCCUCUCCAAAUCAACGCAUUUUCCUUCAGUUCCUCUCAAACCAGGCUUGUGAUUUGACCGAAGAGCGCCCAAAAAAAAUUUUUUUAAGUGAAAGUGAAUUUUCUUUAAAUCUCCAGGAAGAAUUUUUGAAUAAAAUAUUUGAAAAAAAUUCUCAAAGAAAAAUUUAAUCUUGUGGCAAACAGUGGCACAAAGACAGCAAUUUAUCUUCAAUUUUCCACGCAAAUUAUUACUUUAUUAUUUACUCAACUUUAUACUCCUCAAACCCAAAUUAAAUGUGUGUUUGACUGUGAAGUUAUUUCCAACAAAGACUCUAUAUUUUGUGCAUAAACAAGACAAAGGUGCUAUAUAAAGGCUAUAAAAUGCGGUGCUUCCUCUCAAAAGACAUUCUUCUAAUUUUUCCAUUUUAUUAAAAAAAGAAAGAAAGAAAAAUUUAAUUUCAAACCAAUUUAAUUAAUUAGUUUAACACGAAAAAAAAAGAAAUUGAACUUUUUGUGUGUUUGAUACGUUACCUGUAUAAAUAUAUAUUUUUUGUAAUUAAAUUAGAAAGUUUAUUGUUGUUUUGUAAAAUUUCGUAGAGAGACAUUAGAGUACGUAAUAGCAAGUAGCCAAGAUGAGGGAAGAUGAAAUAUAUCAUUUUGAUUAUUUAAGCAGUGGUGAUGGUUUUUGUGAAAUAUACAGUGAAGAUUUUCUCAAUAAUUCACACAGCACUUGUGAAAUGAUCUCUGACAAAAUAUUCGUAAAUCGAUCGCUCCACUUGGAGAAUAUCAAAUUCUAUGGCUUCGACAUGGACUACACGCUGGCGGAGUACAAAUCCCCGCAGUACGAACAGCUUGGGUUUGAUCUCGUGAAGGAACGUUUAGUCAAUAUGGGGUACCCAAAUGAAAUUCAGCAAUUUGAAUAUGAUCCAUCAUUUCCAAUUAGAGGACUCUGGUUCGACACACUCUACGGGAAUUUGCUCAAAGUGGAUGCCUACGGAAAUAUUUUAGUCUGCGUACAUGGCUUUGAAUUUCUCAAGCAUUCCCAAGUUUAUGAUUUCUACCCAAAUAAAUUCCUCAAGUUGGACGAAUCUCGCGUCUAUGUGCUCAAUACGCUUUUCAACUUGCCCGAAACAUAUUUGCUGGCAUGCCUCGUGGACUUCUUCACCAACUCAAAGGAGUACACGCGAGAGAAGAAUGGGGUACGGUGUGGGCAGCUCUUUAUGUCCUACAAAUCCAUCUUCCAGGACGUUCGAGGAGCCGUGGAUUGGGUUCACAUUCAGGGAGAUCUCAAAACACGCACCAUUGAGAACUUGGAGUACUACGUGAAGAAGGACCCUCGUCUUCCGAUGGUACUUUCGCGAAUCCGCGAGAGUGGUUCGAAGAUCUUUCUGCUCACAAACAGCGACUUCAAGUUCACGGACAACAUCAUGACGUACCUCUUUGACUUUCCGCAUGGCGCAAAAAUGGAUGAGCCCCAUCGAAACUGGCGGACAUAUUUUGAUUUAAUUGUCGUUGAUGCGGGGAAGCCUCUUUUCUUCGGCGAGGGCACCAUCUUGAGGCAGGUGGACACCAGCACUGGGGCCCUGCGUGUGGGCAAGCACAUGGGCCCGCUGCAGAUGGAGCACGUUUACUCCGGUGGCUCAUGCGACGUCUUCACAUCCCUCAUGGGAGCCAAGGGGAAGGAUGUCCUGUACAUAGGUGACCACAUCUUUGGUGAUAUACUCAAGAGUAAGAAAAUUCGCGGCUGGAGGACCUUCCUCAUUGUACCGGAACUCGUGCAGGAGCUCCACGUGUGGACGGAUAAAUGCCAAUUGUUUGCCGAACUGCAACAGUUGGACAUCAUGUUGGGCGACAUGUACAAGAAUAUGGAUUCGAGUGCAAAGGAAAAGCCAGAUAUAUCCAAAGUGAGGGCCUCCAUACGCGAUGUGACGCACAAAAUGGACUUGGCGUACGGCAUGAUGGGCUCCCUGUUCCGUUCGGGAUCCCGCCAGACGUUCUUCUCUAGUCAAGUUGUCAGAUACGCCGAUCUGUAUGCCGCCAGCUUCCUCAAUCUCAUCUACUACCCCUUCUCCUACAUGUUCCGAGCACCGGCUAUGCUCCUUCCGCACGAAUCUACUGUAGCGCACGAACAACGAUUCAUCAUGGAUAAGCCAAUGAUAUCCAGAACCAGGUCUAAAAUUGAGAUGAUCGGUUUUGACGGGGAAACUCCGGAUGUUCUCAAUCAGAUCGACACCAAUGCAGACUUCAAGCUCUCUGGACUCAACGAUGAGGCAACAGUUCCGCACACUCGUCCCGAAACUCCACGUUCAGUCACUCACAAUCACGACGAGGACUUCACGGAUGAGGAGAGCGACAGCAAUAAAGGGCAAUAGAGAGCACCAAAUUUUACUUUUAGGAAUGUUAACAAGAUUUAAAAAAAAAAAUAGGAAUUGCUUCCACAUUUAAAAACAAGAAAAAAAAGCUCCAAUUAUGAGAAAUAAAGAAUAUAUAAAAUUCACUAAAUAAAAAUUUGAAACGCUUUGUACAAAAUGAGAGAAAUAGACGGAAUUUUUGUGUUAGUUGAAA